GCUAGACUUUCCACAGAGAGCAUUGCGAGCGAGUCGUCUGCGCCAUGGCCGGAGCCAGCGGUCGCGAGAGUUCCCGUUGAUGUUAGUGGCGGUCGCCCUCAGCAGCGGUGGUUACGGUGACGUUCCGCGAGUUUAAACGGCCCUCUUGGCCCUUCGUGUCGCUUUCGGCGUGCAAAUCCAGCGGAAAGGCAGCGACGCGACCCUGCGCAUGUGCGGUCGCAACAGUCUGCAAAACAGGCGAGACGAUUAUUGCCGGUCACAGUCUCAGACAAGUUUAGGUGAACGUCUGCGUCGGUUAGUAGGAGAGACAGAGACGGAGAGGGAAGGCCAGGUUCGCGUUGGAAUACCGCGAUCGCGAGUUUCUUUCGAUUGCGUAACGCCGGCCACAGCCACAGCCACAGCCGAUGGGACGGGCGACUGUGGCGCUUGGAUGACAGUGAGGUGCAAAAAUGGUGGCAGUGUCUCGGUCCCCCCGAUCCCGGUCGUGAGCAGCGCAGACAUGAUGGAGGUGACGCCGCACCUGAAGAACGUGCUGAAGAACUACCAGCACAGCGCCACCAAGAGCCUGCAGGGCCCCGGGUUGGCCUUGGCGCCGCCCAAGAGCGAGCCCUCGCCCGAGCCCAAGGAGGAGGAGUUCGUGCCCGCGCCCUUCCCGGUGCAGCAGCUGCCCAUCCUCACCACCCCCGACACAUCGUGCAGCGAGCGCACGGAGACGGCGCUCGAGGGCGAGACCAUCUCGUGCUUCGUGGUGGGCGGCGAGAAACGGCUUUGCCUGCCCCAGGUGCUCAACUCGGUGCUGCGCGACUUUUCACUGCCGCAGAUCAACCACGAGUGCGACCAGCUGCAGAUCUACUGCUCGCGCUGCACCCCCGAGCAGCUCAACGUGCUCAAGAACGGGGGCAUCCUCCCGAGCGCGGCGGCCAGCUCGGGGCUGAUCACCAAGACGGACGCGGAGCGGUUGUGCAGCGCGCUGCUUUACGGCCAGGAGGUGGCCCCCAUUCGGCCUCGGAAGGGGGCGGCGUCGUUCGCGGUCUACCACAAGUGCUUCGGCAAGUGCACGGGGGUGUGCUUCCCCGAGCUGUAUACGUCAAAGAACGCGAAGUGCAUCGAAUGUACUGAGUGCAGGGGCGGAUUCUCGCCCCAGCAGUUCGUAUGUCACGUUCACAAACAUUACUCGGAAAACAGGACGGUGCACUGGGGGUUCGACUCGGCGAACUGGAGGGUGUACUUGCGGGUGGCCAAGGACCAGCAGGACCACGACCAGUGCAUCAAGUAUAUCGACGACAUUAAGGAACAGUACGAUGGAAAGAUGCCCUUCCCGAACAUCUACGCCGGCAUCAAAAGAAAACAGGUUCUCGCCUCGGACAUCAUAAAAGAACACGAGUUGCCCUUGAAGAAACAGAAAUUGUUAGGCGAAUACCUAGCGAAUCCUCUUCCGUCGUAUAAUUUAUACGCUUCUCUGGACGCCAUGUACUUGAACCAGUGUCUCCAGGAAUUCCAAGCCGUCAAUCGUCACUUCUCAGCCUUCAAACCGGUGAAUCAUCACAAAGAACCCAAAGUGUACAAUCAUCUAAUGGGAAUGAACAGGUACAGUGAUACUCCGGUACUGCAGAAUCCCGAAAGGGUGGUACUCAUGUCGGAAUCAGAGCGAUUCGAGAGGACUUACCAACCGAACGUAGCCCUAGCACCAACCACUCCCAAGAAACACCGAUACGGGAAAUUCAACUUCAUCAAAGAUGAGGUAGAAGUGAAAAAGGAGGAAGUAACGAAUAAUAGCACAGAAGUCAUUGUGAAACAAGAAGUGGAGGAAAAACCUCUCGAACCUCCAAAGAUGGUGUCAGUAGUACAAAGUACCACGACUAUUCCCAGGUACAAUUCGGAAAUCGAAUUAUCGACUGAUACAGAAGACAGUGCUUCUGAGACUUCUGAAAAACAAUCCAGUGAUCUCGGAAAAAUCGAAGAGAUGUUGAAGGGGCUGGACGCGACCGUCAAAGAUCGCAUAUUGGACGCCUUCAAGAAUUUGAUGAAGGAGAAAGAGAGUUGGGUGAGGGAGUGUCGCAGCAGAGACGAGAAAAUCAGGGAGUUGGAGGGGAGGGUGGAGGAGCUGGAACGUAGACCAUUGGAGAAGGAGGAGGAAACGAAAGUGAUAUGUAAUGGGGAGAUUAAAGACGAUGAAAACAAUAGUUCUUCCAUAAUCAAAACGAACGAAAACUGUGAAAUAGAAGGACAAAAAACAAGUGUUAUUGCAAGUUUGGAAGGUGCCGUCGCAGAACCAAAAGCAAUAAUAAACACUGCUCCCGAAUGAUCUGUAAUUGUGUUGUGCCGUCGAUGAACGGUCGUCAGUUUUUUCUUUGUGUUUUAUUUUGUUGAUAAUCGAAGCAAUCCGGAAGAAUAGGAGGUUGUCGUGGAGCUCCUAGAGUCUUUCACUCUCCCAAAAUUCCGAUUUGUACAUAGUUGAAAGGGGAUACUUUUCCUCCAUCGUACUACCGUUAGUCAUAGGUUUACCAUUAUGAGACGCACUAGAGAUUUUUAUUUUUAAUUUGCUUUUGUAAAUGCGUGUAAAAUUUGUAUGUUUACGGAGAAACAAACAAAAAUUGAGGACGACUGUUGUUUGUUUUUUUUUUCUUUUAGUAUCUCAAAAUUGUUCUUGUUAUGAUUGUUUUUAAUUUAUAUUUGUGAAAUUGUUACAGAGAUAAUAUUUUUUAUCAAUUACGAAGAAAAGUACAAACUAGAAUGGUGCUUUGGAAGCAUCUGUUAUUAUAAUCUUAAAAGAUAGAGUUUUAAUAAUAAACUGUGUGAAUGUUCGGGACUGACAGGUGCGCGUAAUUGCAUAUCCGGUCUCGACCAAAUUUUUCCGAUUUGUCUCAGGAAUUUUCGCAAUCAAAUUUUUGUACAUAAUUUUAAAAUGCGCGGGACGCAUAUCAAAAGUUUAUUGGUCGGGUAUGCAAUUUUGGGCGCUUUUUUUCACCCUUCCGAUGUAUGAUGUGGAUAAAUGCCAUACAAUAAAUUUUUAUCUGUACAAUAUAUUUAAAUUAUUUUAUUUGUAAGUUUGUUCUUAAUUUUUUGCAUGAACUUUUUUGUUAAAUUUAUAAAUUUAAUUUUAUAAUUAUAGAUAUUUUUUAUAUUUUCUUUUGUUGAAAACAAUAUGUGAUACGAUUUAUUAAAUUUAUGACUAUCAAUUCUUGCAGUAUUCUGUAUGGAAGAUUAAAAACACCAUUAUUUUCUCUUAUAUUAUGACGAUGACGCUUUCGAUCGUUAUUUGGCAGCUUUUUGGCAAAUGGUUGAUUAAUCUCCAUUUAAAAAAACACAAAGAAAAAAUCGUACUCAAAAUUGUUCCUAAAAUUUAUCAACUUUAUAAAGCGUAACUACUGCCGAAAUUUUAAAUUUUUAGCAAUAUUGUGUUCGUUUGGAAGUUUCCUGGAGAAUUUACGAAAAUUGUUGAAUUUGUUAUUAUAUAUUUUGUGAUCUCAAAAUAUGUAAGAGUGCAGUUGAGUUAAAUAAUAAAUAAGAUUGAUAAGCUUGUGUGUUAUAUAGGUAUAUAUCGAUCAACACAAAUUAUUUCAUAAAUACAUAUAUUUCUGAAUUUAUGUGUCAAACAACAAUAAAUGCAUUAAUUUAUA